AUGACAGAGUUGCAUCAGGCAGCAGCUUCUGGGGACUUUGACCUUGUAUUGGACAUUCUGAGAAAGAAUCUAUGUGAUCCCAACCAAAGAGACAUUGACUGGAAUGGUAAAACACCACUUCAUUGGGCAGCAGCCAAAGGACAGACAGAAACCGCGAGGAUCCUAAUAGAGAACGGGGCCAGACCUUGUCUGAGAGCUGACAAUGGCUGGACGCCGGCCCACUUUGCAGCCGAGUCUGGACGACUUGGAGUGCUGCGUCUGCUGCACUCUCUCCAUGUCCCCAUAGAUAAGGAGGAUUGCUCUGGUGACAAACCAAAAAGGAUAGCGGAAAUCUACGGGAACAAUGAUUGUGUUCGGUUCCUACACACUGCAGAGAAAGAAUGCGAGCAAUACCGCAAGAUGUUAGUGCUGAAAUGCACGCAUCUGGAUGAUACAGAUGAUGAGUGGGAGGAUCCAAGAAGGGAGCAAGACCAAGGAAGGGCCGCAAAGGGUUGACCCAAACCUUCUGCAUGAAUUACGAAUACAUUACUCAGACUCCAAUGUGUUACACUGUUAAAUUUGAUAAAAGGCAAAUGCGUAAACUAAUGAGAUUUUUGAAGGUGUAAACUACAGAAAUCAUCAAAUGUGUAUUCACAGUCAGUGAUAUCAGAUUUGUAAAACAAUAUCUCCAUAUCUUUAUUCACAUUUGCAAGUGGAUUGAGAUGUGUUAUUGUGUAGACAAAUCUGUAAAAGUGUACUGUAGAUCUGACCUAAGUUUCAACCAACUAAAGUCCAUAAAAUGUUACUGUGUAAAGCCAGGCAAACAAACUGGGAAGGGUAACAUAUAUUUAAUUCUAUUACCAGUCAAAAUGAGUGUACAAUGAUGUUAUUUGCACAGAAACUAGUGUACAUUGCAGGAUAUGAAAAUUACAAAAACAAUACAACACACUGUAGAAAUAAAUAAGAGUGCUUGAAGUUAGGAAAAUAUGACAUGCAACAUUUCAUAAUAACGCACACGUAUAUACUGCUAAACAUACAAAUCCCAAUAUUUUUAGAUCAAAAACACACAUGUAUAUCAUGCUAAACAAAACCCCCCCCAAACUUUUUAUCAAGA